AUGUAAUAUGCCAUUUUCCUCAUGGACGUUCCCCGCUUUCGGCUGCCGAGGAGCUGAGGGGAGAAAAUGCUGAGGCGCCGGCCAGGACGAGCCGCUCCUCCUGCUGCUGCUCUUCCUCCCUCCGGGCGAGAGGGGUUGGCCGGGCUUUUUCGGGGGGCUCCUCGUGCUCCCGAGGCUUCUUUUUGGGGCGGGAGAGGCGGCGUCUCCUCCGAGGCGAGCUGAGCAGCGCCCAGUGGUGAGAGAGAGAGUGUGUGAGCCAAGGCGCCCAUCCAUCCCCUGGAAGCAGCAAGCGGACGGCUGCGGCUUCACCCAUUCCCUUGAAGAGGCGAGAAGACCACGCUUGAGUGUUCCCUCACUUAUCACGGAGUUACGUUCCAGGACCACCCGCAAUAAGUGAAAAUCCGCGAAAAAUGAUGUGCGAAGUGAUGCCAACGAUAAACGAGGACACCCCAAUGAGUCAAAGGGGGUCCCAGAGCAGUGGGUCUGACUCAGAUUCUCACUUUGAGCAGCUCAUGGUGAAUAUGCUGGAUGAAAGAGACCGUCUUCUCGACACACUCCGAGAGACACAAGAGAGUCUGUCCCUGGCACAGCAACGUCUUCAGGAUGUCAUUUAUGACCGAGACUCUCUCCAGAGACAACUCAAUUCUGCAUUGCCCCAGAUGACGGUUGCUGCUGGUACGAGCAUUGAGAAUAACAUUCAAAGGACCAUAUCCUGCCCUAAUGAAUUUGCUGCACUUACAAAAGAACUAAAUGCAUGCAGGGAACAACUACUGGAAAAAGAAGAAGAAAUUUCUGAACUGAAGGCUGAAAGAAAUAACACAAGACUGUUGCUGGAACAUUUGGAGUGCCUUGUUUCAAGACAUGAAAGGUCACUAAGAAUGACAGUGGUGAAACGUCAAGCGCAGUCCCCCUCAGGGGUUUCGAGUGAAGUUGAGGUUCUGAAGGCACUGAAAUCUUUGUUUGAACAUCACAAAGCUUUGGAUGAAAAGGUGAGAGAACGACUGAGGGUUUCUUUAGAAAGAGUCUCAGCACUUGAAGAGGAACUCACAGUUACAAAUCAGGAGAUUUUAGCUUUGCGUGAACAAAAUGCACACAUUCAGAGAAAAAUGGCUACAGGAGAAGUCCCUCUUGAUUCAGAGCUUAUCAAAGGAAUGGAACAUGGGCAAAAAAUUCAUGAAAAGCGUUUGUCUAAUGGCUCUAUAGACUCAACUGAUGAGAACAGCCAGCUGAUGGAACUGCAGGAACUUCUUGAAAAGCAAAAUUAUGAAAUGGCUCAGAUGAAGGACCGUUUGGCUGCAUUGUCGUCUAGAGUUGGAGAAGUAGAACAAGAUGCUGAAACAGCUAGGAAGGACCUCAUUAAAACUGAAGAACUGAACAGCAAAUAUCAGAGAGACAUCAGAGAGGCUAUGGCACAGAAAGAAGACAUGGAAGAAAGGAUUACCACCCUUGAGAAGCGUUACCUGAGUGCACAAAGGGAAUCAACUUCAAUACAUGACAUGAAUGAUAAGCUGGAAAAUGAGCUGGCAAACAAGGAAGCCCUCCUGAGACAGAUGGAAGAAAAAAACAGACAGCUGCAAGAACGCCUUGAGCUAGCUGAGCAAAAACUGCAACAAACAAUGCGAAAAGCAGAGACUUUGCCUGAAGUGGAAGCAGAAUUGGCUCAGAGAAUUGCAGCUCUCACAAAGGCAGAAGAAAGACAUGGCAACAUUGAAGAACGUAUGAGGCAUUUGGAGGCUCAGUUGGAAGAGAAGAAUCAGGAACUCCAAAGAGCCAGGCAACGAGAAAAAAUGAACGAAGAGCACAACAAGAGAUUAUCAGAUACAGUGGACAGACUUUUGACAGAAUCUAACGAACGCCUACAGCUACACCUAAAAGAGAGAAUGGCAGCACUAGAAGAAAAGAAUGUUUUGAUACAAGAAUCAGAAAACUUUAGAAAAAACUUGGAAGAAUCGUUACAUGAUAAGGAAAGAUUGGCAGACGAAAUUGACAAGCUAAGGGUUGAAAUGGAUCAGCUGAAAAUAAGGACAGGUUCUUUAAUUGAUCCCACAUUGUCAAGACCCCAUCUUGAUUCAUCAGCAGAAUUGAGAUACUCCGUGGGCUCACUAGUUGAUAGUCAACCAGAUUAUAGGUCUACUAAAGUGAUAAGAAGACCCAGAAGAGGCCGCAUGGGAAUCCGGAGAGAUGAACCAAAGGUAAAAUCCCUUGGUGAUCAUGAGUGGAACAGAAGUCAACCGAUUGCAGUUCUCAGCAGUCAUCCAUUUGAGAGUGACACUGAAAUGUCAGAUAUUGAUGAUGAUGAUAGAGAUACAAUUUUUAGCUCCAUGGAUCUUCUCUCGCCAAGUGGACAUUCUGAUGCUCAAACACUUGCCAUGAUGCUUCAAGAGCAACUAGAUGCAAUCAAUAAGGAAAUCAGGCUGAUCCAGGAGGAGAAAGAGUCAACAGAAUUACGUGCUGAAGAAAUUGAGAACAGAGUAGCCAGUGUGAGUCUAGAAGGCUUAAAUCUGGCCAGGAUGCAUCCUGGUACAUCUAUUACAGCCUCCAUCACAGCUUCUUCACUUGCAAGCUCUUCUCCUCCCAGUGGCCAUUCAACUCCUAAACUCACUCCCCGUAGCCCAGCCAGGGAGAUGGAUCGGAUGGGCAUCAUGACACUGCCAAGUGAUCUCAGGAAGCAUCGGAGAAAGAUUACAGUGGUUGAAGAAGAUGGACAUGAAGACAAAGCCACAAUAAAGUGUGAAACCUCCCCUCCUUCAACACCUAGAACCAUUAGAAUGACUCAUACUCUACCUUCUUCAUAUCACAAUGAUGCCAGAAGUAGCUUGCCUGCAUCCUUGGAGCCAGAAAGCAUUGGGUUUGGCAGUAUCAGUAGCAGCCAGGAUUCCCUACACAAAGCUCCCAAGAAGAAAGGAAUCAAGUCUUCAAUAGGACGUUUGUUCGGUAAAAAAGAGAAGGCUCGACUUGGACAGCUCAGAGGUUACAUAGAAACAGAAGCGGCAGCACAGGAAUCUCUGGGAUUAGGCAAACUUGGAACACAGGCAGAGAAAGACCGAAGACUAAAGAAAAACACAUCUGGGCAUGAACUUCUGGAGGAGGCUCGGAGAAAGGGGUUGCCUUUUGCACAAUGGGAUGGGCCUACAGUGGUUGCUUGGUUAGAGUUGUGGCUUGGAAUGCCUGCAUGGUACGUUGCUGCCUGCCGGGCGAAUGUGAAAAGUGGAGCCAUCAUGUCUGCAUUGUCAGAUACUGAAAUUCAGAGAGAAAUUGGAAUCAGCAAUCCUCUCCAUCGCUUAAAGCUGCGCUUAGCAAUCCAGGAGAUGGUUUCACUCACAAGCCCCUCUGCCCCGCCAACAUCUAGAACGCCCUCAGGCAACGUUUGGGUGACCCAUGAAGAAAUGGAAACGCUUGCAGCUCCAACUAAAACGAAAGAGAAUGAGGAAGGCAGUUGGGCUCAGACCCUGGCUUAUGGUGACAUGAACCAUGAAUGGAUUGGUAAUGAAUGGCUUCCCAGCCUGGGAUUACCACAAUAUAGAAGUUACUUUAUGGAGUGCUUGGUAGACGCGAGGAUGUUAGACCACUUGACGAAAAAAGAUCUCCGUGUUCACUUAAAAAUGGUGGAUAGCUUUCAUCGAACAAGUCUACAGUAUGGAAUCAUGUGUUUAAAAAAGCUGAAUUAUGACAGAAAAGAACUUGAAAGGAGAAGAGAAGUAAGUCAACAUGAAAUAAAAGAUGUGCUGGUGUGGAGUAAUGACAGGGUGAUACGCUGGAUACAAGCAAUUGGGCUACGAGAAUAUGCAAACAAUAUCCUAGAAAGUGGUGUUCACGGAUCACUCAUAGGACUUGAUGAUAACUUUGAUUACAGCAGUUUAGCUUUAUUAUUGCAGAUUCCAACACAGAAUACACAGGCACGACAGAUCCUCGAAAGAGAAUACAACAAUCUGUUGGCACUAGGAACAGAUAGGCGACUUGAUGAAAGUGAUGACAAGAAUUAUAGGCGCGGUUCUUCCUGGCGAAGACAAUUUCCUCCACGUGAAGUCCAUGGGAUCAGCAUGAUGCCUGGCUCUUCAGAAACACUGCCAGCUGGAUUCAGGUUAACUACAACAUCAGGACAGUCACGGAAAAUGGCAACUGAUGUUGCUUCGGCACGGUUGCAGAGGUUAGACAGUUCUACAGUUCGCACAUAUUCAUGCUGACAAGACUAGCAUGGAAAAAGAGCUCUGAGCUGAACUAAUAUGCCACCUUUUUCUUCUACUUUACCUGAAGUGCACUACCACCAUCUUAAGAAAAGAAGCUUUUUAUUCCAAGAACAGGGUAAUAGGGAAGAAAACAUAGAUGUUUAUCAGAUUAAAAUGUGUGGUGAUCUUGUUACAUAUUAAGUUAUAACAUGCAAUCUGUCAAGUAUUAUAGUCACACAGCUCAUAUUUGUUUCCAUGGGGCUUAUGUAGGUUUUGGAUACAAACCCCACUGAAACGACAGAAUUUGUAGUGACAGUACUGGACAGAAUGCACCCACUGGAUAGUUCAAUAAAACAAUAGCUACUGAUUAGUUUUAAAAAAUAAACCCCAAUGUUUUAUUUUAAAUUUGGCCAAAGUGCAUAAAUCUCACUUUUACCAAAAAGAGGAACUCAUUUUAAACUUGUCUCAUCUGUUUCAUUGUAAUAUACUAGAAUUUAUGUAUUUACUGUGUAUGAAUUUCUUUUAAUAUGUGUAAGUCUCAUGUAAAUGGAUAUAAAUAUGAUUUUUUUAAAAAUUAAAUCUAUAGUACAUGGGGUCCUAGUGCAAAAACUUGACAAGACAGUGUCAAACAAUGCUGUUUGUAUCUUUCCAUUCCACCAUUUUUACAGUUUUGAAUUGUAGCAAAGUACAUUCGAUAUCUUUAGCAAAGUUAUUUGAUGCUUCAACACCUUCCUACUUUUUAAUGAAUCUGUCAAUAUUUGAAGCUUAACACCUGCCUCUGAUGAUUUCUAACAGAAAGAUCAAAACAUGGAACUUGAGCCAAAAAAACCUGGACCUAUAAAGGACAAACAAAAUUGUUCCAUUUACCUGUAGAAAAGCACUGUGACGGCUCUUCUUUUUAAACUCAAGAUGAAGAAAAACUGUUUGCAAAGUCCAAUACUAUGACAGGGAAUUAACAAGAGACAUUCUUGCCAUUGGCUACUUGUGGAUCAAGAAGCAAUUUAGCUUUGCUAUAAAUCACCUUUUUUCCUUCCAAAUCCUUCACAGGCUAGCCAGCACUGGCAUGAAACAAAAACAUCAAGGGAAAAUAAAUCUGAUCUUCAGCUGUUCCGUUAUUUAAAAAUAUGCCCUCCAUUUCUUCCUUGUAAUAGGCAUAUUAGGCAGUUGCUUGUCUAAUGUUAUGAUUUUAUCUAAUGGCCUUGCUGAGACUUCUCUGAAGUCAAACUUUACAGAGGAAAUAACUGAAAGACAGAACGGUUAAUGUAUAAUGUAUAAAAGUUUAGAGGAGAAACUUAUUAUCUGAUGUGGUUUUCUUUGGUGGUGUUAUUGGUGUUUAUUCUUUGUUUAUAUGGGAAGUUCCAAAGUAAGACCUAGUUAACUAUGUCAUUUAUCUAUUUGCUAAACUCCUGCUGCCUGAUUUAGCUUAACGCCUGUCUUUUGGUUAUUCCUUUCAGCAGGCUGAUCUGAACAUCUGCACGUACAUUUGUUUUUACUGCGUAUUUUUUAUUUAAAAGCAGACUUCAGUUAACCAAACAGUGACAGAUUUUCUCCCCUGUUGUCAAUAAAAGAAAUUCAGUGCUG